GGUUCGUCUCACUGAAAUCUUGCUGCUCUCUCGACGCCGCCUUUAAUGGCCGGGCUCUCCCGCUUUAUGAAAGUGGCGACAGCCUCCGCCUCAGUUGAGAUUACGCGAUUCUUAGGCCUUAUUCGUCCUCGAUCCUAUGGAUCAGCGGCCGCAGUUCAGCUUCACGACGACUACGAUUACGACGAUCGCCACAAUGAAUUCAAUCUCCCCACGGAGGAGGAUUCUCAAGGUUCUGUGCCGAGGAGGGGAAUUCAGUGGGUGAUCAUGGGAAAUCCACUCGCUAAGAAACAUGUAUAUGUUGAGAGACUCUCUAAGCUUCUACAUGUCCCUCACAUUUCAAUGGGAACCCUAGUUCGUCAGGAACUCCAUCCCAGCUCCUCUAUCUACAAGCAGAUUGCAAAUGCUGUGAACCAAGGAAAGCUUGUCCCAGAAGAUAUAAUAUUUGGUUUGCUCUCCAAGAGGUUACAGGAAGGUCACUAUAGGGGUGAAAAUGGCUUUAUUUUGGAUGGAAUUCCAAGAAAUAGAGUUCAAGCUGAGAUUCUUGACGAGAUUGUAGAUAUUGAUCUGGUAGUGAAUUUCAAAUGCAGAGAGGAGUUUUUGAAUCUUGGGACAAGUGGAAUAUACACUCCAAGUCAAGAUUUUAUGUACCCAGGUAAGUUUAAUCUAAAUAUGGGUUUGAAAGAAAGUUCAAGUUGUGAUGACACAAGGAAGGAGAAGUUCCGUGCUUAUGCAGAGCAGAGCAAGCCUUUAGAAGAUUACUACAGGCAACAGAAGAAGCUUCUUGACUUUCAAGUGAAUGGUGGACAUGGAGAAACAUGGCAAGGGCUCUUGGCUGCAUUACAACUUCAGCAUGUGAUGACAGCCGCCGCCGCCACGACGUCUUCUCCAAAGCUGAGUGUAUGAACCAGCACAAGCUGCUCUGCCGAUUUGACUUCAAAUCUGCUUCAAUAUUAUCAACACUAUAGUAAUAUAUAGUAGUAGUAAAUACAAAAGAAAUAUAGGGAAUAUUGUAGCCUAGAUAGCUGGACUCUUAGAUCACUUGUUUUCCAGCUUUGAGUUUUGAUUCAACAUUCUAAUUUUCUUUGUACUGUUUGCCAAGUGUAAUUCACUUUGGUGCUGCCUCGUUAUAAUGUAGUAGUAAAAGAGGCCAAAACAACUUGUAGAAGU